AUGCUGGUGGAGCUUCGGGCCACGAAGCUGCCAUUGAGAAGUUGUGCCAAGAUCUUGGACGACCACCAGCUCGACAACAGCAUCAUCCUGGAAGGCAUGGCCAAGACCAGAUGGCCGGGACGCUUGGAUUGGAUCCACCUGGAUGGGAGGCCGGUGUUGCUGGACGGUGCUCACAACCCACACGCAGCCGCGGAGUUGGCCCGCUACGUCGACCAAACGGUGCGGCCCAAAGCAGUACUUUGGGUGGUUGCCCUGAGCUUCGGUAAGGAUGCGAAAGGCAUUCUUCAAGAGUUGCUUCGAGAAGAGGACUCGUUGCUGGCGGUGACCUUCCCUGCCGUAGAGGCAAUGCCGUGGGUGAAGCCUCAAGCGCCGGAGGAGCUGGUGGAGGUCGCCCGGAGCUUGCCAGCUGGUGGAGGUGCCCAAACAGCCGCCACCUGGCGAGAGGCUCUACAGGCCGAAAUGGGCAAGCAAGCUGUGGUUUGUGGUUCCUUGUAUUUGGUUGCCGAUGUGGCCAGUUAUGAGCCCAAGAUCUUGCUGAAGUGA